AUGCCAUCACCAAUGCAGGUAUUCGCAUUGAUCAUGAUCACAUAUUUCUUUGUUACCGGUGGUGUUAUUUAUGAUAUUAUCAAUGAACCUCCAAGUAUCGGGCAAACAACGGAUGAAAGAGGAAACUCGAAGCCCGUUGCAAUAAUGCAAUACAGAAUCAAUGGGCAGUAUAUUAUGGAAGGACUGGCUGCUAGUUUC